GCACUGAUCGUGGCGACAUUAACAUCAGUUAGAGCAGUAUGGCAAGUUCAUUCGUUCUCUCCUCUGUAGCAAAAAGGCUCGAAGGGAAGGUGGCCUUGAUCACCGGCGGGGCGAGCGGCCUCGGCGAGUGCACCGCCAAGCUGUUCGCCCGCCUCGGCGCUCGAGUAGUCGUGGCGGAUAUCCAAGACCACAAAGGCCGCGUCCUGUGCGACUCACUCGGCCCGGACACCGCCUCCUACGUCCACUGCGACGUCACCAAGGAGUCCGACGUGGCAAGCGCCGUCGACGCAGCCGUCGCCCGGCACGGGAAGCUCGACGUCAUGUUCAGCAACGCCGGCGUCGCGGAACCGAGGCAGAAGUCGUUCCCAGACUGCGAGGUGGAUGACUUCCAGCGGUUGAUGUCGGUGAACGUGACGGGGGUGUUCCUGGCCACCAAGCACGCGGCGAGGGUGAUGACGCCGGCGAGGCAGGGGAGCAUCGUAAUCACCGCGAGCACCGCGUCGACUAUUGCAGGAUUGAUGCCGCACGCAUACACGUGCUCGAAACACGCGGUGGUGGGGCUGAUGAAGAGCGCGGCGGCCGAGCUGGGCAAGCACGGGAUUCGGGUCAACUGCGUGUCGCCGCACGGGGUGGCGACGCCGCUGGCGAUGGCAUUGCUUGACUUAGACAAGGAGGCCUUUGAGGCCACGAUUGAGAGGUCGGCCAACCUGAAAGGGGUGAGGCUGGGAACGGAGGACGUGGCGGAGGCGGUGGCGUACCUCGCCGGCGACGAGUCCAGGUACGUGAGCGGCGUCAAUCUGCUGUUGGACGGAGGCUUCACCAUCGCCAAGGGAUUGGCGUAGAUGGAGCCGAAGCUACCCAGAAUGAAUUUCUCCAUCACUAGAUGCUCAUGCAGGACCUCUUCCGAUAUUUAUCUAAAAUAAUAUUAUCGGAGUGGUUGCUAUAUAAAAAUCGGGCUAAAGUUCAGUGCAGCCCUAAAAUAAUAUUAUCAGAAAUAGUUGUUAUAU